AUGCCGGCGCUGAUGUAUGACUCGAGUAGUGAGCAAGACAACACAGAAAUGAUUGUGGUACACAGGGAUGCACAUGAAGCAUUGAAAGGACGUCAUAAUAGACGUGACCAUGGGAAUGGUUGGCAACGUGCGGCACCCAGGAGAGACGGUUGGAAUACGAAGAUUACGUGGCACGGUUCCGGGAAAUCAUCAACAGAAGACUCGUGUAAAACGAACACGAAAAUGAAGAAGCCAAUGAAGAUAUGGAGACACAUGAACAAGAAGGACCAAUCACAGAGGAGUCAUAGUAUGAACACAUCACCCGUAGGUACGUUUAGUCACACGGGGUUGUAA